AGCGGGGAGAAGCCGAGAGAGUUGCGCGUGCGACGUUGCGCAGCGGCAGGCAUAGGGCCAUACUCUCGCGUCCAGGAAUCGUGGAUAUUGCUGCUGCGGCACGACGGUGGCCAGAGCGGGGCGAGUGGGGCAGCGGAUGACAAUGAUGGCCGCCACCAGCGAUGAACGGAGUGUUAUGGAGCCUGGGAAAACGAAUUCGGGGCAGAGCCAGCCCGUGGAUCGGCUGAAGCUGCUCUAUCCGAUGGUGGACGAGGAGAAGACGCCGCUGCCGCGCUCCUGGAGCACCAAGGACAAGUACAGCUAUAUUGGCCUGUCGCAAAACAAUCUUCGCGUUCACUACAAAGAGAGUCGGGGCCGUCUUCGUUUUUCAGGUUACGGCAAAACCCACAAAGAUGCUGCCAGUGUUCGCACAACGCACUCGAUACCGGCUGCCUGCGGCCUGUACUACUUCGAGGUGAAAAUCGUGAGCAAGGGACGUGAUGGUUACAUGGGCAUCGGCCUCUCGGCUUCAGGUGUUAACGUAAAUAGACUUCCCGGUUGGGAUAAGCAUUCAUACGGCUACCACGGCGACGAUGGUCACAGUUUCUGCUCAAGUGGCACCGGACAACCCUACGGGCCAACCUUCACCACCGGCGACGUGAUCGGUUGCGGUGUAAAUCUCGUUGACAACACCGCCUUUUACACGAAGAAUGGCCAUCACUUGGGCAUCGCCUUCACGGACCUUCCUCCCAAUCUCUUUCCAACGGUCGGUCUGCAGACUCCAGGCGAGGUGGUGGAUGCAAACUUCGGACAGUUACCGUUUGUCUUCGACAUCGGGGACAUGAUCAACGAACUGCGCGUACGAACGAGAUUACAGAUCAUAAACUAUCCCACGCCAGACCACGGCCAGGGGCAGUGGCAGGCGAUUCUACACAGAAUGGUGUGUACGUAUCUCGUCCAUCACGGAUAUCUCGACAGCGCCGAGGCAUUUGCCAGCAGCACGGGUCAGGUGUUCGAGGAGGAUUAUAACUCUAUCAAAAAUCGACAGAGGGUUAUAAAGCUGAUAUUGUCUGGUCGUAUCGGCGAAGCGAUAGACACGACCAAUCGGUUAUACCCUGGUCUCCUCGACCGGGACCCGGACCUGCUGUUCGCGCUCAAGUGUCGCCAGUUCGUGGAAAUGGUGAACGGCAGCGAUUCGGAGGUCUGUCAAAACGGCAACCCCAAUCAGACCAGUGUGAUACAAUCGACCAAAGCGUACGCGAAGUCCGCAAAUCCGGCCGGUACCGUGGAAGAGAUGAAUAUCAAUAAUACGAUAAACGGCACCAGUCCACAAUUCGUCAACGGUCAGAUAGAGGAUGAUGUAGACAUGGAGGAAAAUAGUGUCACCGGUGUAAACGGUAUCAAGAAUAGUAACGGGUAUCAGAAUGGUAAUCUGGACUCGAAUGGGUACAAGUGUCAAAAUGGGGAGGAUGUAGAUAUGGAAAUCGACAACAGUGCCAAUCAGAGUCAGCAGCAGAGCAGUAAUAUCGCCGAUACAGUGACAUGUAAUAAAAAUAACAAGAAGCAAUUGUGCGGUGGUAACAAGCAGGCGAUCGAAAAAAUGUUGGAAUUCGGCAAACAAUUGUACUCACAGUCGGUGCAUCUGAGACAGCAGUACGGAAAGAACGAGAGUAAUAAGAAGAUGCUGCAGGAUGCUUUCAGUCUGUUAGCGUACUCUAAUCCGUGGAAUUCACCAGUUGGCUGGCAACUGAAUCCUCAAGAAAGAGAAACUGUCUGCGCGAGGUUGAACUCUGCUAUUCUUGAGUCUAGUAACUUAUCCCGACGACCGCCGUUGGAAGUUGCGACAUCACAUGCUAGAGAACUCGUUCGUCUGAUGUCGACUAAUGGCCUAGGGGCCUGCGGAUUUGCAGUAGUAGAUAAUAUUAUCCAAUAUUGACGGUGCCUACCUCUGCUGCCACGUCCACCUCUUCUACCAGUGCGAGUAUGGUAAAUAACGCGGAUUUUCCUUUUUAUCUAGGUAUGGAAACUCCAUACAAAGAAAGAUUAAGGAUGCAGAGGCGGAACGUGGAGCAGAUUGUUCUAUUAACGCAGCAACAUCGCGAUGUCGCGUGCCUCUUCAGCUAGAGCAGCCGGAUUCAUCGGUGCCUUGGCUCGAUCUCACACCACAGACACGAACAUGCAAGGUGAACGCUCAGACCUGCCAGCCAAAAUGACACCUCAUGAAUUUUUAGCUUAAAUCGGAUGGACGGUCACUUUGGAUAACUACUACUACGCCGACUAAGAACGAGAAGCGGCACGAUGCUGAUCCCCCGUUCCCGGUGGUCGAAUGCCCACAUAUUGUUGUGGCUGACCAUUCACAUUUUUUGACACUGUUGUGACUAUUUAUAUGAUUUUCUGUAUCCUUUUACCUUUUCCCCAUUUUUACUUUCUUUUGUUUUUGUAUCCGACGCCUUAGUUUACCUUUGUUUGCGAUCAUCCACUUGGAUGAUGUUUAUCGCGGCUAGCGCGUUACCUGAAUGUACGCGCGGCGAUGUCGGGGCGAAUAUUUAUCUCGCAGUUAUCUCAGCCGCGAUAACCGCGCAUCGUUAGCAUCCGCAAGCACUGUGCAAUAUGACGAUUCCACGAUGCGACACGAGAAUAACUAUUGUCGCGGUGAUGGAUGGAAGCAUAAUUGUUUCAUGCGAAAGUGGCACUUUUGCGAAGCUUCUGUAUCGUCAUACAAUUGAGAUUCUCGCGUUAGCUCGCGUAUCGCGCGCGACACAUCGGAGGGUAACGUGUAAUCAAAUUCAUUUGCAUUUAAAUGCGAGUAAAGGCAUAUUUAUUUAACAACAGAAAAUCAAUCAAAUAUCUCAUCUGAUUAGAAGUAGCCCAAAUUCGCUGUUAGUUACAGAGGGAAGGGAGUAAUAGAUGACGCACUGUUAUACAUUGCGCUCUGUUCACUUCGAAAAAGAAAGAAAAAAAUUGUACUAACCGAAUUAAUCUUCCGCAGACGUUAACACGAUUUUAUUUAAUUUUCAUUUAAUGCACCCUAACGAUAGAGAAUUUUUUUUCCCUUAAUAUUAUUUUAACGAAUUGGCGCGAAGAUUUCUCUUUGUAUCUUAAUUUUCGUAAUUUCUGGGAGCGGCGGAAGCAUAUUCAUUUUAGAGAUGAAUGAUGUCUUACGUUUAUAUAAAUAGUUGCGAAAAACAAAAUCUGUACACUUAACUAAGGAACGAUCUUGUACUCUAUAUUAAGUAAUUGUUUUUUAUAUGCGACAUAGUAUAUUAUAUUAUAUAUAUUAUUAAAGAAGAAGAAAAGAAAUCACAAAUAAGAAAAUCGUAUGCAGCUAGACGUAAGCGUGCGUUUAAAUACAAUAAUUUACCAUAUAUACAAAACAAAAAUCAUAUUAAUUAAAAUAGAAUUACUCGAAUUUAAAUGAUUUUUAGUGUUAUUGUUUUAUGUACUAUAGAUAGAGCUAUAAUAUGAAUAUGUGCGAAUACACAGCAGUGAUUUGGCCAA